AUGAGUGCUUCAAAUCAUUCCUCAGUAACUGACUUUAUUCUUGAAGGGUUGACCAGACGCCAGGAACUUCAGUUGCCACUUUUCCUACUGUUCCUUGGAAUAUAUGUGGUCGCAGUGGUGGGGAACCUGGGCACCAUCUUCUUAAUUGCUCUCAGUUCUCAACUUCACUCUCCAAUGUAUUAUUUUCUCAGUCAUUUGUCAUUUAUUGAUCUCUGCUACUCUUCUGUCAUUACCCCAAAGAUGCUGGUGAACUUUUUGUCAGAGAAGAAUGUUAUCUCCUUUCUGGAGUGCAUGACUCAGCUUUAUUUCUUCCUUAUUUUUGUCAUUGCAGAAGGCUACCUUCUGACUGCCAUGGCAUAUGACCGUUACGUCGCUAUUUGUAGCCCACUGCUUUACAAUAUUGUCAUGUCCCAUAGGGUCUGUUCCAUAAUGAUGGUUGUGGUAUAUUCACUGGGUUUGUUUGGGGCCACAGUUCAUACUACCCUCAUGUCAGUGUUGUCCUUCUGCAGGUCUCAUAUCAUCCGUCAUUACUUUUGUGAUAUUCCCCCCUUGUUGACUCUCUCUUGCUCCAGCACCCACAUCAAUGAGAUCCUGUUGUUUAUUAUUGGAGGAGUCAAUACCUUAGCACCUAUGCUGGCUGUAGUCAUCUCGUAUGCCUUCAUCCUCUCUAGUAUCCUCUGUAUUCGCUCCACUGAGGGACGGUCCAAGGCCUUUGGCACUUGUAGCUCCCAUCUCGUGGCUGUGGGAAUCUUUUUUGGGUCUAUAACAUUCAUGUAUUUCAAGCCCCCUUCUAGCAAUACUAUGGGCCAGGAGAAGGUGUCCUCAGUGUUCUAUACCACAGUGAUCCCCAUGCUGAACCCCCUGAUCUACAGCCUAAGGAAUAAGGAGGUGAAGAAUGCACUGAAGAAGGUGGUUGGGCGCACGUAG